UGAGGGCGAAAAUCAAGGAGAUUGAAGACGCGGAAGCGAUGAGUGAAGUAAAGAAUGAACAGCUUGGUCAAACGAUGAGCAAGAUUAAAGCGUCCAUGGAUCGUUUUGAAAAAACUAACGAGUAAGUGGAAUAAUGACCGUCAGGUGACAUACAACCAAAGCCUAGACUUCGUCCCUAUUCCCCUGAGCGUUAUCUUGUACUAGCUUCACGAGUUAUCUUGGUUCAAGUGGUUUUAUUUCAGCUGUACUCUACCCAAACGGCUACUCCCAUAGACACGCUAUACGGGUAUGUGCCGCUCAACAGAGUAUUAAGUACCAUUUUCACAUAGACGGCCAUAAUGCACCUUGUUUUGCAUAACUAUUGUCUUAGAUUUCUCUUGGGACGACUGUAAUACCUAGGACAAAUUGGAAACAAUGGUUAUUCAAUAUUUUGGGUGGUGAACAAGGUGCAUUAUGGUCUGUGUGAAAAUAGUGAUUCUUUUUGCCUCUAUGACUCUGAAACAGGGUGUAAACAUAAAACUUUAACUUCAGAGGAGGGGCCUAUAUUUUAGUUCAGUUUGACUUUGGAACAGAAUUGAGUUUUUCCCCAUAUUGCCUGAUUAUUCUCGAUGAUUCUCGAAACUACGCUCUUAUCGUCGUCCAGUGAGUUCUUCUUACGUAAGCCAUAAUGUGCACAUUUUUUGCUGCCUGAAAAAGGUUUCCUAUUCUUAAAAUUAUUGUCUGUAACAGGUGCGCAAGUUCAUCUCUUUUUGUCUGGAACAGGUGCAGUCUCAAAAACUUAGCGGCUCAUGCGCAUACAUCAGGGAAUACCCCCAGGCACUACCCCGCUACUAAUAAAUAACUACAAUACUCGUCAUGCUUGUGUACGUUUCCCCUUCCUCAAUGUUGAUUUGGGUAUUACGGUCGUUUCAAAACAAAGGUAUGAAGAGUGAAUGUAAGAAAUUUGGAGAAAAUUCAAGAGAAACGGCUUCUGUUUCAACGAUUUGUGACGAGUAUUGUAGCCCGUCCCAGGUCUCACUUCAUGAUAGCAAGCACGGGGAGCAUACUUAUAGGACAAAGUCAUGUGACCCCUGAUGUCUGGAAAAUAGAAAAAAUCAUUUGCAAUUGUACAUUUCUGUACUUACAGGGAGUUGGACCAAGAUAUGCAAGAGAUCAAGGAGCUCAAUUCCGAGAUCUUCAGCGUAGCUAAAAACAAAAAUAGCGGCGACACCAAGCGCGCCGACCUGGUACAACUGUCAGUCAAGACUAACAGACUGCUUAAAAAGAUCCUGUUACGACGCUUUCAGCUGGAGCAAGAAGCAAAGUACAUCAAAACAAUGAGCAACAAGGUUGCUAAUCGUGAGGAUGGCGACGAUGUCGGUGCUACUAUAGAUCCUCGGGAGAAUGGAAUCGAUAAAGUUAUAAGCAAGUUGAAGACAAUGAUUCUUGACCUUGAUUCAACCGAAGAUAAACCGGGCGGGGUAAAUGUUUUCUUUUUUUGGUUCAUUUUCGUGUGUGUGUGUUAUUUUGUAGUCGCAUUCCCGACCCCAGAGCUCUUCCUGUUGCUCAACAGGGACUUUAAGAUCUAACGACGCGACGGUAACGAGAACGUCGCUUAAAAAGUGAAUUUGUAUUCCUUCAAUCUUAACAGCGAUUAUUCCUCCCUUUUUUACUUUAUCAAAUGUAGGCGAACCCUCCUGAAGCUGAAUUUCAAGGGACCAAAUUUAAGCUCAGAAAGAGAAAUAAACUUUCGUCGUUGCUUGUUUACUUCCUCCAUAAAACGCCAAAUUAGGCAUUUUCACGUCGUAGUCGUGCAAAAACAGGAAAGAAAUGUACAAAAAAGCGUGAUGCACGUGCGAAGUUGUUGUUUUGCUUAUUAAACCAAUUGUUGUUUUUUUGACGUUCUCGUUGCCGUCCGCGUCGUUAGAUCUUAAAGUCCCUAUUACCAAGGACGAGAAGGGCCCAGGCGAACCCUGGAAUAUGCGCAGUCGAAACCCCAGUCUCUGGUGACGAUAUUAGGGAGCUAAUACAAAGGCUUUAAUGAGCGAUGCACGUCAUCCGGAAGUGAGGGCUUUUUCACUUUUAAUAUGCCUUGACGCUGCCAAAUUUGUAUUGCUAAGUGUCUUUACUCUUACAUCACUUGUAUAGAAGAAGCAUUUGAGUUUUGCUGCCGCUUGUUCGCGGAAGAACUUUCAAAACUUAACGACAAUAGACCAGGAGAAACUCCAACUCGAACAAAUUUACGUUUGGAACCCAUGACUACCAAAAUAAUUAUGUCACCACUGAUUUACCUCAUCAGUAUGGAAUUUCUAGGGACUGAAUGAUCGGACGACGCGAUGGCAGCGAAAACGUCGCUUAAAAAUUGCAUGUACGUUCUUCCAGUCUUUAUCGCGAUUAUUCCUGUCCAUGUACUUCAUCAAAAGUAGGCGAACCCCCCUAGAGUUGAAUUCCUAGGAUCCCUAUCCAAGUUCAAAAAGAGAAAUAUAAUUUCAUCGUCGCUUGUUUACGUCCUCCUUAAAAUGCUAAAUUAGGCAAUUUCACGUCGUAUUCGUGCCAAAACGGCAAAGAAAUGUUGCCGUUCUCUUUGCCAUCGCGUCGUCGGAAGUCCCUUCUGUCUUUGAGACGCAGACUUCUCUCCCGCGAAAUUUCACGAGCGGCGUAACCUGUUCCAGGUGUUCAGGGACGGCGAGAUGAGGGAUAUGGGGUGAGUUCAUCUCUCCCUCUACUUCUCUUCCUCCAUAUUUCUUUCCCGCUCUCUAACUUCGCUCCACCCUCCACUAUCGGAACGCCUGGUACAGCAGGGCUACUAGCGGCGAAGAGGGAGGAGAGGCGGCUGUAUUCGCUGCCUACCAUCUGACUAGACCAGGGCCGGGUUCUUGAAAGCCCGAUUAGCGCUAAUCUAGGAUUACCAUUUUGUGCCAUUUUUGUAUUUUACCUUUCUAUGUAUUGCUUAGAGUAACAUUUUGUGUUAUCAUUACUGUAUCGCCGAAUAAAGGCUCAACAGUAUUUUGUACCCUCGAGUUUAGGUUUCUGGGAAACUGCCCACCUACCUCUCCCCUACGCUAACAUUAACACGUACUUCUCACGUAGGGCAAAAUGUUGGCUUAGGGGAGGGGUAGGUGGGCAGUUCAACAGAACCUAAAUUGAUCCUCACGUUCUUGGUUUAAUCCUGGGUUAACGGUAACCAUUUCUCGAGGAACCGGGCCCAGGCGUUUUCUAAAUUGCAUUGUUCAUGUAGGUAACUGGAAGCGCUGAAGCAACAUCCGAAAGCACGGCAACAGCUGGUGUUCGGGAUGAAGAUUCCAAGUCAGAUCUGGGAGCGGAUUCUGGAGUAAAAGUCAGAGUUUCCAAAGUCAAGAAGGUUGUCCUGGAUGAUGACGACGAUGACGAUGACUUGGAAAUGAAAGAAACAGAUCUUGACGCUAAAGAAAUGGAAGAGCUUAACAUGGAGAAACGGCUACGACUGGCUACGAAGAAAAUGGAAGAAAUGGUUAAGGAGCAGUUGAGAAACUCUGGAGUCGUGCCAUCAGGUUUGAAAAACAACCUAAUCAAGAUAAAUAUUCAAGUGGAGAAUUUCUUGCCCGCAGAGCUGGCCGGAUUAGCGGGCGAAAAUCCCGAAAAUCCUCGAAAAUCCCUUGCCGCGCGCGCGUGGCGGCUUACCCGCCAAGAUCACCCCGCAUACAACCCUGUCAGCCACGUAGGUUAUCCAUAGCCUACGUUCGAUAUAUUAAAAUUCUAACAUGAUUUCGAGGCUUUACGGACAAAAUUGCAGUCUCGCAAUUCCCAGAAGAGACUUGAGCACAAAGAAAAGCAAACCAAGUAUAGAAAAUGACCAGAAAGCCUCGGACGUACGCUGUUUUAAAACAUUUUUUUGUUAAAAAAACUUGAUCAGCAAUUUGGCUCGACGUAGUCACGAAGCCCAAAGGACGUCUGUGUGGGAGGCUAAAUUAACAACAACUUCGGUUGAAAAACGAAUUUGAACUUUGAUGACAAGAGUAAGAAAUAGCCCCUGCGGUCUGUCGCUCAGCUGACAUUACUAAUCAACUUCAAGUAGCUUUCCGAGGUCGAGAUACAUGGGGCAAAACACCUAUCACACAGAGCAAUGAAGUUUUGAAACAGUGCGUACAAAAGAGUAUGAUGCACCUUCCGAGAUUUUGUUUCGUUAAUCUAAAAACUGAACCUGUAGCUUUAUUGACGUUCUCGUUGCCGUUGCCCGUCGUCAGAUCUUAAGGUCCCUCAUAUGACGGGGUUGAGAGUUAAACUUAGUUCCUUAUGUAGAAUAGUCAGGUGACAGUACACUAGGUAAUUCCAUCCUAAGAAAUUCGUUCAAGUCAGUGCCAAAACAAACAAAUACCAACACAGUUUUUUUGCACGCUCAAUAAGAGGCUAGGACUCUUUUCUAGAUAGAGUCAUUGAAGAGCAGUCAGUGGAAGCUUUUAAAAUGGCCGUUAAUGCAAUGUUUAAAAAGAACGCUGACCCCGGAGCUUUUACUAAUUAUUAUUGUUGUUGUUGUUGUUAUAAUCGAACAACAUUGCUAACUAUUAAAAUCGUUAACAAUGCUAACAAUGCUAACUGUUCAAAUCAUUAAAUUAUUAUUAUUAUUAUUAUGAUUAUCAUUAUGAUUAUCGUUAUUAUUAUUACUAUUUAUUGUAACACUCGUACCCUGUCUCAUAUUUUAACACUAGCACUUGCACAUUUGCACAUUUGCUAUGAUGCAGAUUACACAAUUAGAAUCAGUCACUCCGAAUGACUUGCGUCAAAAACGCAAUCGUGACGUCUUUUUUUUUUCUCAUAGGGAAAAUAAGAGUCAAAAUAGUGACGUCAAAGGACGCACUGGAGAACAUGGACGGGAAAAAUGACUUGAAGUUACUGAGUGAGCGAGAAGAAACUCAGUUUAGAGACAUGAUUCUUGGUUUGUUGGUAAGUGUUGGAUACAAGGGCGUGCAUCAGACGGUUAUGUCCUGUAGUGGCUGUGCUUUCAUCGUGCGUUCCCCCUCCUAGACAUUCUGCAGCUGGUAUAUACGACCACACGUAGCGUAUUCGAAUCGUUUUCGCCCGUCUAUCCAAAAACCGAAAACGCUAAACAAUGGAAGUACGAUAGCAUCCCUCACAGAGCAUGCCCCUGAAUCAUGUAUUUUUCUUCAUAUCGCUGUUUGUCUCAUUGAAUUUAUAUCAGUUUCAGUGUUUGUUUGUCGUUCCACAUACACGUCCGGUUACACUACAAAACACCACUUGCGAAUCUAUUUCGAUCUUUCUUUCUCUCUCUUUUUUUCCUUUGCGUUUUCCUUUUAUAUGCAGUUUUGUUGCCUACCUUUUUAGCAAAGGGACAAAUUUAAUCUGCAAAUAGUAGUAAGUAAAUAGCGAAAUUGGCAGUGGAUUUUUCCUUAAAAUGUUUCUUUUGUGUGUGUGUAUAUAACUCUGCUCAACCGGACUGGUCAGAAUAUCCGAAACGAGGUAUCGGUGUCAGAUGACUGGUGCAUAAGUUCAAUACCCCAUCUCCUUUCUCAACCCUCACCCUUUUACAUCUUUCUCACAAUACUCUCCACAUUUUUUUUAACAUUAGGGAGCAAGUCCCGAUGCCGGGAAGGAGAAGAGACGCCAACAAGAUUUAGAAAGCAAUUAUAACUUAGUGUGGAAUGAUGAUGGCCUUCAAGAAGUCCCAACGGAAGAUGAUGAUGCCGAUGGCGAAGUUGAAGUCGUAUCGUUCUGAAAAAGAGUAAUCUAUUUAUCUUGGCAUGUUUGCCCUCAUUCAAACACGGACAGCAGUUGAACAGGGCGAUGGCGGGCUGAAUAGAUUCCCCACUCCAGAAACUAGAGCGAGAAUGGGUACAAGCUUUCGGCGCCAUGAUUUCUGGGAUCGUUUGAGUGGACAAGCGCUUACUUAUGAUUGGUUAAUAGUUGAAUACCAUCGACCAGUCGUAACUAACGCUUGUCCACCCAAACAAUCCCAGAAAUCAGUGCGCCCAAAGCUAGUACCCAUUCUCCGUAGAGUUACUAAUGUGGGGAAUUAGAAGCUCUGUUCCUUCAGCGUCUCCUUUACUGCCUUUUUCACAAACAUGCGAACUAUAAAGUUCAAAAGCCGCCUUCACAACUGCGUUUUUGGCUGCGGUCAAUCAUAAUUACGAUCACAAGCAACGAACCUGAAAACACAGAAACACACAAAACGGAUUGAAAUCCACCAAUCACAAAUGACAAACCUUGACCUUUUGAACCCGUUAAAGUAAAGCUUUGUUUCCUAAGAGGUCCGUUAAGAUGAUUGACGGCAGCGAAAAACGCAAUCGUCAGUUGGCUUUUGAACUUCAGAAUUCGCAUGUUUGUAAAAGCGCAGUAAUUCUCCGUUGCGUGCAGUCUGUUGCAGACUCAGCUGUUCUCAAGUUAUUUAUGCAUUUUUGAUAAGCACAUCUUUCUUUUUGGAAGGCAUCUCAUAAUUAUAUAUCAAACUUUUCAUUCAUUUGAACCCUUUCUGAAAGACAGGUUGAUUCAAUUCAGAGCUAACUCGGUCAAAUUUCACGUUAGAACUAUCUCACCGUCUAAAAACCAACGUCUUCUUUUGACUAUUACACUAAACUAAAACUCAACAGUCUUUGUAGGUGAAUUGGGCGCCAAAACGAUCGAUGCAUUUACGAAGUAAUAUAACGUACUAGAAGAAUGUAGAUUUUCUAAUGACAAAACGUUUUGAAUCUAU